AUGUUGCGGGACAGGCCGCCAUUGCGCGUCGCGCAGCACAAGGCAGAGCUCAUGAAUGUCAUGAAGAGGUUCAACACAGAUCCGACUCUGCCGCGCGAUUGGCAAAUGGCCAAGGUGGAUUCAGCCGACACUUCGAAAAGAUAUGACACUUUCGAUCCAUGCGAUGGCUGGGUUGUUGUUGACGACUUGCUGGCAAAUUGGACUGGUGACAAUCAGUGGAAAGGCUACCAGGACAUGCGCGAUGUGCUUAUCAAGGGCAACCCUCACAGCUCAGACGUGUAUUGGGUGUUGCUGAACUGCUGCGAGAUGAUCGACAACCAUGGCAUGCAGAAGGGCAGGCUCCAGAUGAAAUGC